AUGUCAAUCACCAUGUGGUUGGAUUCCUUAAGCCAACCAACAGAGUCAGACCCAAGAAGCAAUUGGGAGCCUGGUGCGAGCGCGGGAUUGCCACUCACGGAUCCUCCACAGCCAGCACAGCGGCAACACAUUCCUAGCCAAGGCGCAUGCCCAGUCUGGGGAUCUGGAAUCGGCCAAGCUCUUGUUCGAUCACCAAGGAACGUCAUCUCUUGGACUGCGAUCGUCGCGGACUACUCCCACUCCGGGCACAUCGCUGAGGCAGAGGCGAUCUUCCAGAGAAUGCUCCACGACACAAUCGCCGGGAACGCCAUGGUCACAGCACAUGCCCAUCACUGGCAUUUGCGCGAAGCGUUCACUAUCUUCGACACCAUGCCGGUCAAGAACGAUCUCUCAUGGAAUUUGAUGCUCCAGGCAUUCACUGUGAACUCCAGCCCAGAGGACGCGCCACAUUUCUUCGAAUCUGUGCCUUGCCGGAACGUUGUGUCGUGGAACGCUUUACUCGCAGCAGUUGCCCAAAGAAGGCGCUUCGCGGAGGCCAGCAGGACUUUCGAGAUGAUGCCACAGCUGGAGCUCGCGUCGUGGAACACCAUUAUCACCUCCUGGAACACGCUCAUCGCUGGCUAUGCCGAGAAUGGCUCGUACAAAACCGCCGUGGAGCUCUUCCGGGAGCUCAACCUCGAGGGACUCAAGCCUACGGAGAGCACUUUCGUGGCUCUACUGUGCAACUGCGGAGAGCUCACGAGCACUUCGUGUUGA